UUGGUCAGUAGAAAUGCCUGCGCAGUAGCACACCUUGUUACUUACACCAUAAUGUAUAGAAUUCAGUGUCUGCCAUAAGCCCUCAUGCCUCAUAGAUAAUUGAGCCUUGCAAUUUUGAAUUUUAACGUCAUUCACGUCAUUUUGAUAAGUUUAUCAAAAACGUUUUGUGUUUUUACGAGCCAGUUAUGAUGGAAAAAAUAAUACAGCUGAAAGCAAAGCAUAUAAAAACAGAUACGUUAGUACUUCAAAAUUUGUUACAGGCAGAAAUUGUUGAUAAAAUUAAUAGAAGUCAAGACCAACACCGAUUUAAUGAAGAUGAAUUUAAGAUUGAAGAAUUAACAUCAAAAUUAGCUGUUAUGGAAGAAAAGCAAUAUACAGAAACUCAAAAUUUGAAGCGUAAAAAUAAUGAAUUAUCGAAACAUAAUGCUUAUUUAGAAAAACUAGAAAUAGAAAGAAAAAAGUUUUUACAAGAAAUUAAACAGUUGGAGGAAAAACGAAACAAUUUGAGAUCUUUUAAACCAAACUUACAAGAUCAGCAAGUGCUGGAGCUAGGAAACAAAAAAUUAAAAUUAUACAAAGAUUUAACAAGGAUUCAAUGGGAUUAUGAAGCUACAAAACAUAGUGUAACAGGCUAUGUUUCAAAUAAAUGUGAUUAUAUUCAUUACUUUUGUCACGAAAAUCAAGAUACUAAUGACAAAUUAGUAGAUUCUUUGUGGCACGAAAUAUAUUUGUCUACUAGCAAAGGUAGAGACAAAAAUUCUUAAAUACUUUGUAACUAAUAUGAUAGUUAUAAGCUUCUGUAUACAUUUUGCUUUAUAAACAGAGCAUUUUUUUUGUCGCAAGUUUAUUAUAUCUUAAUUUAGCUUUGCUCAAUACUAAUAAUCAAUGUAACAUUGAUUAAUCAUAAAACUAUUGAAGAUUAAUGCAUUUGUUUAUUUGUUUUUUAUUACACAUUCUUGUAAUAAUUGAUAAUUCGUAUAGUUUAUUUUAAUAAAUAGGAUUAUUUUUGCUAUUGCAAAGCAUACAAUUUUUAUUGAAGGAACUACAUUUGUUUCACGAAAAUAAUAUACUAAAAUCAAACUUUGGAUACAGUCAAAAUAAAUAUGUUGCGCUCACC